UCUCCACCUCCAGCUGUAGUACCCUUAAGCAAGGUGGGACCCUGGAAGCUGGAGGCCCUGAGCCGUGAUGCUGAUGUCCCGCAGGUGUGUCACACACCUGUCCCUGGUUUUGGGGGUUUGUGCGGCAGCAGCCCUGCCUCUGUCCAUCCCUGCCCCGACCCUGCUCGACUGCGUGUUCCUGGAGAACAGCAACGCCACCUGCUGGUGGGAAGGAGUGGACCGUGCCCCCCCCAACACCUCCUACGUCCUGCACGUGGACGAGAUGUUGCAGCUGAACUGCUCCGUGUUCCAGUCGAGGACGUGCACCACGCAGGGCAACAGCUGCUCCGUGCCCAUCCUCACGGCGUCGGCCAACUACUGCGUGAGCGUGGCGGUGGGCGGGGCCACCUGGGAGGCCUGCUCCCCCCGCCGCUGCUUCCAUGGCCUUCAAGCAGUGAAGCUGUACCCCCUCGUGCUCCACCGGCUGUCCCCGGCGCAAGGCCGCUCACGCUGCCUGGAGCUGCAGUGGUCCAUUCCCACAGGCUUCGCGCUGUCACCCCGGGAGAUCGCUGAGGGCCACCUGCUCUACCAGCUCCGAUACCAGUCGGAACGGCAGCUCCACCCACAGAUCGAGGAGACGGACCUCCCAUGCGUGAGGUACACCGCAGACUCCGCCCACUCCUCUGGGCCUGCGCCAUGUCGCCUUUGUCUCUUCGCACCCUUCACCGAGUACAGCGUGGCCAUCCGCUACCGCUACUAUCGCUCGCAGCACUGGAGCGACUGGAGCCACACCCAGCUGGCUCGCACCGACGAGGCCGCCCCUUCUGUGGCCCCACAGCUCUGGUGGUGGGUGGAGCCGAGAGGCCCGGAGGGACGGAGAACCGUGGUCUUACUGUGGAAGCCGCUGACCCCCCUGCAGGCGAACGGACACAUUUUGGGGUACAAUGCCUCCUGCUGGUGUGAGGGCGGUCCGGGGGUGACGCACUCGUGGGACUGUGGGACUCUGCUCCCCUCCAACACGUCCUGCCGCCUGGUCCUCUCGCUGCAGCGCUGCUCUUGCACCUUGACCGCGAGCACCGUUUCCGGUCCCUCCCCCACCGGCAGCAUCGCGCUCCCCGGACCAUGGGCCCCCCCCCCCGAGACCCUCGGCGUGUCGCCGCUGAAUGACACGACGCUGCAGGUGCGAUGGACGGCACCCAGGAACCGCGCAGCCGUGGGCUACGUGGUGGAGUGGACGCCCGUCACCGGAGCCGCACCCCACGGGCCGUCCUGGCAGAUGGUGGGCGGAGACGCCCGAGGCGCCGUUAUCGCCGAGGGAAUCUACCCAGAGGUUCGCUUCCUGGUAUCAGUGAGGGUGCUGUAUGGGGCGGAGCCUGGGGCAGAGCAAGGGGUGGAGCCUGGGGCGGAGCUUGCCACUGAGACCUACUCCCGACAGGGAGCGCCCUCUGCUGGCCCCAGGCUGUGGGUGACGGAGCUGGGGAGCGCGAGUGUGGUCCUGCGCUGGGAGCCGAUGCCCGUGGAGCAGCGACGUGGCUUCAUCCGCAACUACACCCUGCACUGCCGGGGUCCCCGUGGAGGGGACGCCUGUGAGCACCACCCCCCCAGCCCUCGCGGGCGGUUCGCGCAGCCUGCGCGCGUCUCCAAUGAACGGCUAGCAUUCAGGGUUCGAGCGCCGCUGUGCGUGUGGUGUGUGUGUAUGAGUGCUGUGUGUCUCACAGGGGUGGUCAUGCCGGCAGACAAGCGACAGCACUCCCUCGGUGCUCUUCAGGGACUUUACACCUUCUACCUGGUGGCCAGCACAGAUGCUGGGAACAGCAGCAGCCAGCUGGUCACCGUGGACGUAGAGCAGGACCGUGCGACGCUAGUGACCGUUUUCUCCUGUGUCAUCGUGCCCAUCGUCACUGUGCUCAUGCUGGUGGUCCUCCUGAGGCACCGGGAGGGGAUGGUCCAGGUCCUCUGUCCUGCUGUCCCUGAUCCAGCCCAAAGCAGCCUGUCCAUGUGGACACCCAAGAUGCACGGGAAGGUUAUGAGAGACACUGAUAAGGCCUCGUACCCGUUCCUCGAGCCGGUCUGUCCCUCUGAAAGUGACCACAGCUUCCCCCUGCUGGUCAUUCCGGUGCCGGAGCGUUUGUGCCGCGUCCCAGACGUCUACGCGCCGCAGGCCUACAUCGAGCCCGGGUCCGAGCACUAUCUGAAUGUGAGCAACCCCACUUACAGGAGUCCCGUGAAAGACGAGGUCCUCGAAGAGGAGCCGCCUUGGGUCCACGGUGAGAGUCCCACCUCCUUCCCCCACUUGCUGCAGAUCCUAGUCCAGGACUGCGAUGAUGGACCCCCGGCUGGGGACGCAUCUCCCCUGGGAGGGGUGUAGGUCCCCGGGGCAAAGGUGCACAGCACACCAGACUCCGCCUUCCAUAGUGUGUCUCCCACUAUCCCUGUUGGACCAGGACUUCUCAGUUGAAAGGUCAGCAUGAAAGGAGCCGUGAAACAAGCCGGUGGCUUGUUCUGCCCCCUCUGCGGUCGGACCGCACGGUCGCGUUCCUCUUCACCUCGCUCCAUUUGAUCGCUCCCGUUCGUGCAGGACUCCAGUUCUGCUGGUACGGACAGUUGGAACCGCCCUGGACACGGUGACAGGACCCGGUCAUGAGUCCACCUGUCACGUGGCCCUCACUUUUGCUGGGUUUGUAUGAAGUGAGGGAAACUGCAGCGCACCGCCGUUCCAGCAGAGGGCGCCAUUGGAUGUGAUUUCAUACAACAAUUUCGUGUAAAUAAUUGUGCAGAAAUACAUGUGUAAGUGUGAUUGUGGUACUUUGGGACCACUGUACCACGAAAUACAUCAAGAGGAAAUGUAGCUAAAGUUUAAAAGAAAAAACUUGAAAGGAAGCUUCUUUUGUCCAGAACUGGAAAGAAUUACACCGAUCCCUCACAUAACGGGGUCAAUUCGUUCCGUGAAAUCAGCGCGUUGGGGGAGUUUCCUGCGUGAGGAGCUUCAAUUGCCGUUAUUUGUGAUGGGAGAAAUUGAUACCCUGUUGAAAACUUUGAUUUUUAACUUGUAUUUUCUCGCUCCCUGUGUUUUCAGUAAACAUUUCCCCGCCCCUGUUGCUUUUUGCACUUUUUCCCCCACAUUUUUAUGAGAUGCUUCCAUAACUCAUGGAUGCUUAUAUGUGAGGAAAUAAAGUU